UUUGUUUCUUUCGUUUCCAGUAGUCGUGUUCGUGAAGAGAGGAGCAAGAAGCUGAAACGCUUUCUUCUCUUUGAAGUUGUUGUGGUCCUCCACGGCUACUUGUGGUUGACACGCGAUCAGCCCAUUUGGGUAUUUGACACGAAUUCCACGAUUGCCUACAGAUUCCUUCGACUACGACCGCACCGGGUUCAUAUCUGAAGACGCAACUCCUUCUUACUCCUACUCGUAAUUGCAGGAGCCAGCUCGAGUCGCCUCUGCUGGUAGAAGACGAACACGUGGUACGACUGCCUCACACGUCAGUCGCCAACACCAUCAUCAGGCGAACAACAUCCACGACAAGCGAAUGGACCGCCGCGACCGGGACCGUGAGCAACGUUCUCGGUCCCCAAAAGACCGUCGAACCGACCGGGAUCGAGACCGUGAUCGGGAGCGCGGCCGUGGUGACGAGAAAAAGUCAAAAUCGAAGUCCAGACAAGGCUCGAGCAAAAACAAAGAGGCGACGCGACCGAAAACAGGUCGUGGCACCGACAAAGACAAAGCCUCGGGAAUAAAGAUGAACGCGCUAGAAGUAGAUUUGCAUGGUCUGCAGAAGCCGGAGCUGGAGCGUCUAUGCGUGUCGAAGGAUGCGGAGAUUGAAAGGCUGAAGCAGGACGUGGCAAAGAAAAAGCAAGAAGUGAAUGCGGCCAACGCCAGAACCAGGUCCGCGCAGCAAGAAAACAGGGCGGACAGAGUCAAAAGCGAUGACCGGGAACGCGACCGGGUACGGGCAGGAGGGGACCAAAACCACGGAACUAAAGACCAGACAGAGAGGGCCGCGAGGAAGCGGUUGGAAAAGCAAGUCGACCAGCUGAAGCAGGACUUGAAGGACGAGAAAAGAAAUCGGAAGGAGGAGGUCCAGAAGCUGCAGGAGAAGAACGACAAGGUGGAGCAAUCGUUGCAAGACGUGACGAAGUUCGUUUUAGAGCUAUUUGUCCACGAGCAGGGCGCGGAGACGGUCCGAAAAAUGCUGGACCAAAUUGUGGACGAAAACCUCAUUUUCGACGACGACACACCCGACGGAGCGGCCUCCAACGUUGCGGUGCGGAGCGGGUUUUCCUCAAACCGAAACCUGGAUACUGCAGGAGGUGGAGGCUCUGCACGUCGCAGCAAUAACAAACAAACGGACCAGGAGGAAAUCGCAGAGGACAACAAAGGGGGAGGCACGGCUUCCAAGCGAAAAUCGCACAUUAAAGAGUCAUCUGCGGGUCGUGAAGAUGAAGAAGGGAGUCGACGUUCGGAGGUACUUACUUACCUACUUACUUGCUUGUGCUUCUCCAACCGAAGCAGGUUUGGAAAAUCUUCCAUAUUUGCAUUUUUACUUUUCGCACCCCUAUCGAGUAUUGUAACUCGUCUCGUAGUUCUUGCGUGCCUUUUGAUUUUUCCACAUCUACAUCUUCUAUCAAAUAUCGACUCAACACACAGGCCCGCAGGGACCACAUCACUGGCCGUGAAAACACCUCGGACAGAAAGAAGCAGCAUAAAAAGACGUACUCUCGCAGCAAAAGCCGCAGUCGCGGGCGCGAUCGAAGACGCCGACAGCACAGCGAGAAGGUGAAGGCAUCUUCGUCUUCCGUGUCCUCGCGACGCAGCUCCGGCAGAAGGAAAAAUCGUCGAAGGCGCAACGACCCUGCUUCUGACAAGAAAAAACGGAACAACGACACUGCAGCUGCUGGGUCGUCCAAGCGCAAAACGCCGAAGAUGUCCUCGUCGCGCACAAGUACCAAAAAGAACGCAGUUGCAGUAGGGGCUCAACAGAGUGAUCAAGAUCAUGCUCAAAAGAGGACGUCGACUCCGUUGCAAUGCAACAAUCCGGGGACAGCACGGACUCCAGCACAGGCUAUGACGAGCAACGCCGAGCGUGGUCGGCGUCGUAAUGGUGGCCUUGGUCGUACUGCAGAAGAACAAGAAGAUGACCACGGCGCGGAUUAUCAACAAAAACUUUCUCAUCUUCAAGAAGUAGCAGGACAUCAAAAGCAUUCUGCGGGACAAAUUGCGUUUGGUGCAGCGGCGGCCGCGACAGGUGAUCACCAGAACAGCCCAUUUUUCCGCGACAAUCACCAUCCGAAUCUCAGUGUCGUGCAACCUUCAUCUACUUCCAGCUCCAGCGUCCCGAUGGGGGUGACCACGGUAGCAGAUCGAAGUUUGUUGAACAAAGCCACGGCUUCAUCACUCAGCACAGAGUUCCAUUUGCAGCACGAGCGUUUGAUUUUAGCAAAAGAAUGGGCGGGUGGAACUGGAAGUAGUCAUUCUCAAUGCCCGCCCAGCUUUCGAUCCCCUUCGGAAGAUUUCGAUGAUGACGCAAAUGCCGUCUAUCCCCCAGCAACGAUUGACUUGGCCGAUUACAGCAGGAUCCACCCGCCGUCGCUUGGGGACAUUCAGAUUACCGACCAACCACAGUGCGCCCUUGUCGAUCAAAACGCCGGCGGUGGCUCCACGACGCACCAGCACCUGAUUCCUUCCAUUCCAGUCCAACUAGACACCUGCAAAUUAGAAGCGGCGGUGGAGAAGAAUAAGGUCAUUCUCCUCGAGCGUGAUGCUGCAAUGGCGAGCGACAAGGAGGUCGCAAAAAGUGGAUGUACUAGAGAAGGUACUAGCGGUGGACUUGCGACCGCACCAACAACUCGUCGGCCUUCUACGAAUAGUAUGGCUGAUGUUUUGCAGAUGAAACCGCUGGUGGCAAACAACGCUACCAAUAAAGAGAAACCGCGGUGCGAGCGCGGUGUGGAUUGCAUCACGUGGAAGUACUAUGGUGAGGGCAAGUGCAGCAAGUAUCACCCCCCGGAGGAGGUAGAAAUUCUAAACAAGAAGCACACGGAGUAUCUGCAGAUGGUUGCUCAGAAGGUGCCGGAAAAGUGCCAGCGUUUGCACCGGUCCUGGGAGCAGAUCCAAAACAACUCUGGAAAUAACGGCACCAACGGUGGUCCGCGCCGCAGCCAGGACCGUGGUCGGCAUCGCGCACGCACGCCUCGUGGGGACCGAGACCGCAGUCGAGAAAGGGCGUCUCCUAGAAAGGCGAGAAAGGGAAGCGACUACAGUAGACACGGACGCGAACGAGACCGCCGGCGACGGAGCAGGAGCCUCUCGACGUCGAAAGACCGCGCGAGGAGUAAAAGCAGUUGUCGCUCAUCACGCCGACGGUAAUUCCUUCGACGUGGUGCGAUAUGGAUAUUGUUUUGUUUAGAAUAAAACUUUAUGCUGCGAGGACGGCGGGAGGAUUUGGUUUAUUGCUGCUCUUCACUUUGCGGACAUUCACACACACUAGUCGGAACAUCAAAAAGUGUCGGCUUUACUCGUAUGGGCGCACAUGUCCUCGAGCAGUCUACCUCUGUCUACUGUCUACACCAACCGCUGUUGCGCUCGUGCAGAUCAGAUGUGCAGCCACUAGUUGUAUAGCACCUUGAAACAUCAAGCAAAAAAGUUGAUGUUAAAUUUUGGCGACACAAAAAGACUAUCCUCUCCAAUGUGCAAUUGAGUUUCACGCAUCUAAGAUGUCGCUGCGAAUGAAUAUUUUUUGAAAUGCCUCAGAUGUUGUAGAAACGAUGAAAGCGAUUUCUUUACUUCUGCUUUUGGAUGAAACGACAAGACAAUCCGGCUUCCUUCCCGGCACGGAGGGCCGGCCCCAUGAUAGGUUUGCUCAAAUGAACGGAAACAUUUACGUAGAAAACGAACCAAGCUCUUGUGCCUACCGAUUGACCACGAAUACUUAUUCUAUCCAUCUACAAACAAAGCAGUUGCUGAGCACAAUUUACUCUCGUCAGCAUAGUAUCUCUAUUGCACAACUGGUGUGAGGCUCAAACGAAACCGUAGCACGUCCUUGAUGAAACGAAGCAAGUACCACCCUACAUAAUUUGAUGAAAGUAGAAAAAUGAAAAUAUUAUGAAAAAACAG